GAUGGAUCGAAGUGGAAGUUCUGGACAAAUUGGGGAUUUAAAAUCAUCUCAAAACAGUCUUUGUGCAAAUGAGAUUGAAUUAAACGUAAUACCUUCUGGUGAAACCGAAUCAGAGAAAUCAGCAGACAAACCGAAAUCGCGAUUCAAAGUCGCGAAAGUCGAUUUUGUUGAUGAAAAGCAACCAACUUCAAAACAAGGUGAAAAUCCAAAUGAUGCAGCUGAAUCUCAGGAUGCAGCUAAUGGGUACCCUUCACCAUCCCGAUCUGCCGCCUCUGGGGCUGGGUCACAUGUGGGUGCUGAAGGAAGUCUUGCAUCUGGGAGUACCUCGCCACCCAAUUCGCCCACUAACAGAGACAGUGCUAUAGGACAAGACACUACAAAUCUGAAAACAUUUGGCCACAAUACUACUGAAGCGUUGCCCCAUGUUGACCAUUACCGAAAUUUGUUGAGUGCUACAACUGCACUUCGAUCUAGACCCACCUUGGAAGAAUUACAUGAUGGACAUGACGCCGCAGAUAAGGAUGGAUUUAUCCAAGAUCCGCUGUUACCAGAGGAAAAUGGUAUAGCCAAGAAAGCAGAAACGGACACGCCAGAUCACAAGGUGGUUCCAGCCAACUCAAAGAAUCAGGCCACGAAAUUUGGAUGGGUCAAAGGAGUAUUAGUGCGAUGUCUCCUGAAUAUCUGGGGUGUGAUGCUGUUCAUCCGUCUCUCCUGGGUGGUGGGACAGGCCGGGAUAGGACUUGCACUUGUGAUAAUUCUUCUCUCUGCCGUGGUGACGACAAUUACAGCUUUGUCUAUGUCCGCUAUUUGUACCAAUGGUGAAGUAAAAGGGGGCGGUGCUUACUACAUGAUAUCUCGAAGUCUGGGUCCAGAGUUCGGAGGUGCUAUAGGACUUAUAUUUUCAAUGGCCAAUGCAGUGGCGGUAGCAAUGUAUGUUGUUGGUUUUGCGGAGACAGUUCGAGAUCUGAUGGCGGCACAUGGAGCCCAGAUGGUGGAUCCAACCAAUGACAUUAGGAUCAUCGGUACCAUCACCUUAUUUCUGCUAAUCACAAUAGCGGUCAUAGGAAUGGAAUGGGAAGCAAGGGCCCAGCUCGUGCUGCUUGUCGUUCUCAUCAUCGCCAUUGUCGAUUUCAUCAUAGGAACAUUCAUCCCUCCAACUGAAGACAAGUUAUCCAAAGGUUUCGUAGGCUAUAGAGGUCCAAUAUUUGUUGAAAACCUGGGGCCAGGGUUCAGGGGAACAGAGUCUUUCUUCUCUGUAUUUGCCGUCUUCUUUCCUGCUGCUACCGGAAUUCUAGCAGGAGCGAACAUCUCCGGUGAUCUCGUGGAUCCACAAAAAGACAUUCCUCGAGGGACCCUCUGGGCAAUCCUUAUCAGUACAGUCGUGUACCUCUUCAUGGCGUGCUUGGCAGGCUCAUGUAUCGUCAGAGAUGCUUUUGGACCAAUUGCAUCAGUCCUCCUCAACUCAACGCUCAACUCAACGCUCAAUGACAUGGCUACCAUGUCGACCAUGGCCAUGUCGAACUUGUCUACCCUCAAUCAUACUGUCAACGAUACUAAUUUGUCUCAGUGCAUUGCUGAAGGAAAUUGUAAAUAUGGCUUGUUGAAUAACUUUCAGGUGAUGGAAAUGGUCUCGGGAUUCGGUCCUAUUGUAACUGCUGGUAUAUUCUCUGCGACGCUCUCAUCUGCUCUCGCUAGUCUUGUUGGAGCACCCAAAGUCUUCCAGGCUGUAUGCAAGGAUAAAAUUUUCCCCAAGAUCCAUGUUUUUGCAAAGGGUUACGGGAAAAAUGAGGAGCCCAGAAGAGCAUAUGCAUUGACGUUUUUUAUUGCACUGGUUUUCAUAGCUAUAGGUGAAUUGAACACUAUUGCCCCGAUCAUCUCCAACUUCUUUCUCAUGUCCUAUACCCUCAUCAACUACUCCUGUUUUGAUGCAUCGCUGGCAAAGUCACCUGGUUGGCGGCCAGCAUUCAAGUACUAUUCUAUGUGGAUUGCUCUUGCUGGUAGUUUACUCUGCCUGGGUGUCAUGUUCGUAAUCAACUGGUGGACGGCUCUCAUCACGUUCGGGUUGGUCUCUGGACUUUAUAUCUAUGUACAUUAUAUGAAACCAGAUGUUAACUGGGGCUCGUCAACCCAGGCACACGUUUAUAGAAAUGCCCUCCAGUCUUCACUCAAAUUGGUCUCGGUAUUGGAUCAUGUCAAGAAUUUCAGACCCCAGAUACUCGUUCUGUCUGGCUUUCCCAGCAGCAGGCCUGCUCUUGUCGACUUUGCUUCCAAUAUUACGAAGAACAUCAGUUUAAUGGUCUGUGGACAUAUUAUGGAGGGUGAACAAUCAGACUAUUCAGCUCAGCUGCGGGCCUAUCCAGCCCUCGCCUACAACUGGUUGAAGAAGAGGAAGAUCAAGUCAUUCUAUACGGCUACCACUGCCAAGAGUACAAGGGAGGGCGUGCAGUCUCUCAUACAAAACACGGGGGUCGGAAAGUUACGUCCAAAUACCUUAUUGAUGGGUUAUAAAUGUGAUUGGCUGAAGGACGAUCCCGUUAAAGUACAGAUGUAUUUCAAUAUCAUUCAUGAUGCAUUUGACUUGCAAUUUGGUGUAGGUAUCCUCCGUCUCCAGGAUGGCCUGGAUUUCUCCGAUUACUCGUCACCUCAGAUUGCCAUCCAGACGUUCGCCGAUGAUAGUGACGAAGAAAGUGACGAGUCUGACAACGAACAUGACGAGAACGGAAGCAUGUUUGACGUCAGCAACGAAGGGAAUGAAAGAAACGGAACAAGGGUUGCAAGAUUUACAAUCAAUCCAACGCCGUCAGUCGAGGAUAUCCCAUCGCUGAAACCAUCGCGAACGCCCUCGAGACAAAAUGUCGCCGUACUGGGCGACCCGAAUGCUGUGGUGAACGAGAACGCACCAAACAAACCAGAAUUUGCCAGUAUUAAUAAGGAAGUGUUGAAAACGGUGAAUCGUUAUCAUAAGAAGCAACCAAAGGGAACGAUAGAUGUCUGGUGGCUGUUCGAUGAUGGAGGUCUGACUAUGCUCAUUCCCUACAUCCUCUCCAACAAGUCUCAGUGGAGACAUUGUAAACUGAGGGUGUUCACAGCUGCGACCAAGAAGGGAGAGAUUGAUAAUGACCAACGACAUAUGGCCACCCUAUUGAGUAAAUUCAGAAUUGACUAUUCAUCAAUCACUGUCCUGGCGGAUGUGGGCAAGAAACCUAAUCCACAAAGUUUGCAAACAUUCCAGAAUAUGACGUCGGAUUGGAAACUGAAUGAAGAGGCUGGGGAAACGGCUCAGACCCAUCCGUGGAAGAUCUCGCCUGCCGAACUCUCCACCCAGCGCACCAAGACAAAUCGACAGUUGAGACUCCGCGAACUGAUGCUGGAGCAUUCAAAGGAUGCUACUCUCAUUGUGAUGACUCUGCCGAUGCCGAGAAAGGGGACAGUUUCAGCAGGGCUCUACAUGGCUUGGCUGGAGACGCUGACAAAGGACAUGCCACCUGUUCUUUUGCUGAGAGGGAAUCAAGCUAGCGUACUUACAUACUACUCAUAAGAAAGUCUGAUCUAUUGCCUGAUGCGCAAAGUGGAGGAUUGGAGUUAAAAGAUCAUACUGGUAGAAACUGGUAAAACUGAUGAGUAGAAGUCUAUUUGGCACAGUUAGAAUGGCAAACGGCAUUAUGUUGUUGUUCCCACCAAGGAAUUUGUACUUAACAGAAGAUUUUUUGAGACGGAGCUCAAAGGAAAAGCUAGACUUUGUGAAAACAGCUCAGGUUAGAAGAACAGCGAUCUGAAGCUACAGUUCCAAGAUUUUUACAAAAUUUCUUUCAGUAUGGAAAUAUUGCUAUGUGAUGCUUAUGAUGUAUAUUUAUAUAGUGUAACGUUAACAAUUAUUAUGUUAUAGAAUUAUGUAGAACUAAAAGCUUACCAUACCUGAUGGUUCAGCUGCACAGCCAUUAGAAAUCAAGUAAUCAUGUUUUAAAUCUUGAACUUCUACUUGAAGUGGCACAGUAGAAACAUUAGCACCUGUCUCCACUGAGGUCCCAGAUUCGAUACUCGAUAAGGGAAGUGAUUUUCAUCCCAAAAACAGUAAUUUUUAUACAAUUUGACCCGUGUAAUCAGGCUACCACCCUAUUGACAGCAUUUGUCAGUCCCAGGGUUGUCCUAAUGGAGAAGUUCUAAGGUACGGAAGUAGAUUUAUGAAACUUGUGAGAACAGUGCAAAGUUAUCACAUAUCUCAGUAAACUUAGUGUAGUUUCUAGGUUCAUUGGUACAGGUCUGUUUUUUGAUAAUUGAAAUGUUGCAGUCUUACGGCUUGCUUGGUCUCAUUGAAGUGCAUGAAUGAAUUUGCAACCAAACCCUCCUCACAGUGCUAGAACGUGCGUGUCUAUGUUUUUAUUAUAGAUUUAUCACUGCAUUCUAGUUCGUGUCCAUGCGCCGAGUGUCCAGUUAUACAUAUAGUACCCAUACUACAAGUAUUGUAUAGUUGAGCUUCAAUGAUGUGCUUUUUAACAUUUUUAGAAAAACAGAAAAAUAUCUGAUGAAAAUUUCUGAACCCAGAUUUGUGAUAAUGGCUCUGUAUGCUUUGUCUGUGAAACUUAGAAUGAUGUGAAGAGUUCCAAAAUUAUCUGUAUGUAUAUAAAUUGAGACGGGCUAUAUAAGUGGAACUGGCUGUGAUCAUGAUACUGUGGUAUUCGAUGUAUGAGGGGAACUAGCUUUCCCAUUCAGUACACGUAAAUCUAUGUUGUAAAUGAUAUAAGUUUUUAACCUUGGCUAUAGAGGUUCUUCACGUGACGUCACGACGUGACGUUUUGACGGCCACCUGCCAAGGAAUUUCCUUUACGUUGGACCAUGUGUGAUGGCCAAUAUGGCCGUGCAAAUGCACUGGUAACGUCAUCAUGUGACGUCAGUGAAGAACCUCUAUAAUGUAGUACUGUUCUGAACUUGAUAGCAACAUUUCUGGUGCUUUCACUUCUUUAUUUCUUAUCAGAUUUCAGUCGGGGCCAAACACUGAAAAGAACCUUGGUAGAUGGCAGUAAUAUUAGUCAUAUCUUUGAUACACUAGUGAAGCUGUACAUGUAGCUAGAGACCUGUAAUGACGGUCGCUGUAAAGAGCCUGGUUGUUGAACAGUUCUAAAUAAGAGCGCAAAUAUUAUUACAAAAUUGACAGAGCAGACGUGCAAUAUCAUCAAGGUGUGUUCACCGGAUACCGUGUUCAUUCAAUUAAAGGGACAAUAUAGGCAGCAGCUAGAAAGGCAAGAUAAAGUUACACGAAGUCGCCCAAAGGGGUCUCUCCCAUCUCUCAGUACGUUGAAACUUUUCAUGAGGAAUAUAUGUAGUGCUGAAUCUAACAUGACCAAUUCCCUUACAGUGCAUAUAAGUCACCUGAAGCGGGCCAAUUUAACACCCUGCUCCUGCCUAUAGUCCCCCUUUAAGUUAGCUAUUAGACGACCUGUUGACAUUACUAUUGGAAUCUUUUGAUUCUGCGCCCACCCAACUUGGGUGCUUUGUAAUGAUAGAAUAAAAGGUCGAGGACGGAUCACUUCGGGGUUGACCAUAGGUAACGCCAUUUUGGCUAGACCUCAAAAUCCUAAAGCAAUUGAAAGUCUUUCCGAAUGAAUUGAAUGCUCAUUUAAAUCAUGAGAGGCUGUUCCCUGGAAAACAAAGAACAGACUCCAGUCCUUGAAAUGAGCAUUCAUAACGUUUUGAAAAAGUUCUUUUUGCUUUAGGAUUUUGAGGUCUAGCCAAAAUGGCGGUCUGUAUGGUCAACACUAAACUGAGCACACAUGUGUUGAUGAAUGGAAAUAGCUAUAGGUGUUAAUAUAAUUAAAUGAAUUGCAAUAUGAUCAUAAUAGAAUGAUGUGUGAGGACGAUACCUGAUCUCACGCAGGCCUGAGCACUUCAUCAGCUAGAGCCUCAUUCCGAUGUUAUCUGCCGCUGGAUUCGAAUACCAUAUCUUGAAGAAGACGUGGCACGAAUGGAAGUCAUGCGUUUUCUCGCCGUGCAAUUGUACUAAGCUUUGAUUCUUUCCAAGAAGAGGCACAUUUGAAAAAAGUCAGGAUGUGCGCGGAUCAUUAUUGAAUCGUAAAUCAAUCAGAAUCGGUCAGUUUGAAAGUUGUGUAAAGCUUUAUGUCCAUACGGUAUGAACUGAUGACUGAUCCUUUCAUAAUUUCAUUAGCUGAUGGAAGUUUCCGAUUCACAUACUAUUAAACUAAUGCUAGCAAUGAUCUCUCUCGGAAAUACCUGUAAUUAGACCAAAUUACAUUUAUCAGUCUUUUAUUUUAUUAGUGUAGGACAAUUUUAUUGUUUUUGUUGUACAGUUUAUCAUGGUUGUGUUCCCCAGUUUCAGUUUCCUCUCAAACAGGUAGGGUGGACCAAGGAUCUGUCAAACUUGGAACUUUUGUCACAUGGAAGUCGGACGGGUUUCAGCAGGAAACCAGUGGUGUCGUCCUGGUUUUCGUGCUCAUAAAUGUGUAUACAGAAGAAGCUUUUUGAGUUAACGCCGUUCAUAAGUUUGGAGUAUGAAAAAAAUUAACAUCUUCUUAGAAAAUGUUAAGUGUGACACUUGAGAGGACUUAUUCAGAAGCUUUUGUAUAUAAGAUGUAUUUGAAGACGGUAGUUUUAUUUUGAAGCACAAAAUAAUGCACAAAUAUGCACAUGUACGUACAGUCUUUUUCUUCUCGACCAGAUUUGGAGUAACUUGUAAAUUAUCAUGUUGGGUAUCCUUUCCUAAAACUAUAAAGGAACUCCUUGGCUUUUUGGCUAAAAUCUAUUCACUUAUGGUGUUGUCUGUCAAAAUAGUUAACCCAGACACAGCAUGAUACAUGUAUGCAGUUUUCACAUUGAUAUGAUUUCUUACCCCAGUACCCUAAACAUGUUUCAAUGAUAAAAAUAUGUUGUGAUACUUGAUCAAAGAAAAUAUGUUCCAUUCACAUGGCGGAUGACUUAUCCCCUGGGUCAUCAGGGUCCGUUUAGUGUCCAUGGUCUUCAGUAUUUCAAAAACUGUGUUUAAACAGGGGACAAUAAUGAGUCUUUUGGCUUUGUUACAUUUUAAGAUAAUCCCCUAUUGCUUGGUGUAUUUUCUGUUUUGUUAAUACCAGUGUAUGUGAGUCGUUUGUUAAUGUAACUAGUGAUAUAAUGCCAAAGAAGUGCCUAGAUUUACUCUUGCCUGUAAAGCUCAUUAUUUUUACGAGCCACAAAUAUUUGUAAUGAGAUGAUAGUCACAACCACAAUACAAUGUCAAAUUUAUGAAAUCAUGAAAUCUCCCUGGAGAAUGAACACUACAGUAGAACCUCUCUAUAAAGGACCCUCGGGACUUACAAGUGCUGUCCCUAAUAGAGAGGUGUCCUGAUUAGAGAGGUGAAAUUGAAUGGAAACAUUCACUUUGGGACCAAAACUAGUGUCCUUAAUAGAGAGGGUGUCCUCUAUAGAGAGGUGUCCACUAUGUGAGGUUUCACUGUACUUUUGUGUGUUUAUUCCUUAUUUCGAGGCAGGAAUGCCUGGAAAUGUUGCUCCAUUCUCCAAGGUAAUCAUGCCAACCCACAGAAAAUGCUAAUAUAAUGCAUCAAAAUCACAAUUAGAAAACUCAUUUGGUGAUCCCAUAAUCCCACCUUGAAAUAGGGAAGACAGUUAUAAAGUGUGCAGCUGAUUCUCCAGGGUGGAAAUGUAGGUUUAAUAUCUUGGUCAAAGAAAUAAUGGGUUUUACAGUCUGCUGUUAUCAUUGAAGAAAGCUCUUAGUUAGAAAUGCUGCACUGACUUCAAUAAGGAAAAGCCCUUAAACCCUCAACCUUCUUCAUCUAAGCUUUUUCAGCUUUCAGAAUUUCUGAGAUGCAAGCUCAGACAGUCUGACUGUUUUCAGUAACGAAGUUGACUGUCAUAAAUUCUCAACCAAUUCAAGAUCUUCGAAAUUCAGUCCAAGUUCUUAUGCUUAUGUUGUAUUUCCACAGGUUACAAAAGUAAGAAGUCCUGAAUUUGCCUUCUAACAUCCGGAUCCUUUAUUCUAAAACUGCUUCACAAGAUUUAACACGCCAAAGUCAUAAUUGAUAAAGUAGUUCGUCAGGAUGACGAUUCGUCCACGUGACUAGAAAUACUCGGGAGACUGGAAUAACUGCAAUCACUCUGAUAACUAACUCUCUCUCUCUCUCUCUCUGCCGAGAGCGUGCGGACAUCUGUUUUGUGUCCACGCGCAGCUUUGUCUGCACCAAGAAUUACACAUUACAGUGCUACUCAUAAGAAAGGUUUUACAAUUACUAUACAACACUUAUUGAAAUUUUCAUCCAUAGACACCCAUGUUUUGGAUCCCAAACUAUUGAAGACACUGUCAGUGUUAUAACUAAGAUCUUGUAAUGCCAGAUUUGCUUGUAGUCUCGACAUGCUCACACUUGGACCAGUUGCACCUGUAUGUGUAUAUAUAUAAAUCUGUCGUAUACACCCUGAAUAAAAUUCCCAUUGCUUCUUA